GAGAGCAGUUUCAGUUCUCUUGUGAAGUUCACAAGUAGCAGGUGUGUGUGAGUGUGCUGUGACAGAGCUAGCCAGAGACCAGACCCUCUCACUGCACAGGAAACAUCACAUCUGGAUACAGUCAGGACUCGGAUACUGUGUGAACAUGAAGUCCUGUGUGUUCCUGGCCGCGCUGCUGCUGACUGUGUGGACCGCUGUGCAGGCUGAGACCGUUUCACACUUAUACAGACAAAUGACUGACUGCCAAAAUAACAACACAAAUACAGAGGAUGAGCACGAGCUGGACCAGGACGAGCUGUUUUAUAUUGAUUUCGACAAGAAGGAGGCAGUGUUGAGACUGGCCAGAUUCUCUGAGUACUGGAGUGUGGGUCCGGAUAUAGUAGCAGCAGUAGAGGCAAACAGACAGACCUGCAUACAGAACGUGGCCACCGCUGCACAAUGCCACGAAUACCCUCCAGAGAAGCAAGCCUCCCCUCAUGCAUCGGUGUACACUGAGAAUCACCUGGAGCUGGGGAAGCCCAACACUCUCAUCUGCUUCAUCAAUGGCUUUCACCCAGCAGCCAUCAAAGUGACCUGGACCAAGAAUACCCUGCCAGUGACUGAGGGAGUCACCCAGACUGUACUUUACUCCAACAAAGAUUUCACCUUCCGCAUGUUCUCAUACCUGAGCUUCACUCCGGAGCUGGGAGAUGUGUACUCCUGUCAGGUCCAGCACAGCGCUCUGCCUGAAACACUCACAACGUUCUGGGAGCCGGAUGUGCAGACAGAUUCUGAUGUUGGAGAGACAGCGUUCUGCGCUGUGGGGCUGACUCUGGGGCUCCUGGGAGUGGCUGUCGGGACCUUCUUCCUCAUCAAAGGGAACAAGUGCAACUGAACCAGGGUUUCCCAUAUGAUGAAGAAAUCCUGUCAAUGUUCCAUUUAUUUUUUAUUUUCUUACUAAUGAUUUUUAUAUGAUUUUAAUAAAUGUAAAUUGUAUUGAGUGACAAUAAAGUCACAAGGCUUGCUGCUUUUCAUGUUAUCUGAAGGAUGGACCCCUCCUCUUCUCCCUGCUCCUGUGGGUGUGGCUGACAAGCUCAUCACAAAGCACUCUACUAUACUACUGCAGAUGUAUGUUAUCUGAAGGAUGGACCCCUCCUCUCAUCACAAAGCACUCUACUGCACUCUACACUGCAGCUGCAUGUUGUGCCACUGAGGUCUCACACUGAAUAAUAUGUGUGAAUGAUUCUGUACCUGAAAUCUGUGGGGGUACUUGAACUUGUUUCAUAUAAUUUCAUUCCUUCCUUAUACUGUACAGUAAACUGGCUUUGGUUUUACUUUUAAAACAUCAGAAAAUAUCAAAACAGAAUCUAUUUUUGGGACCCAUGUGUUUCUACAUUAAAACAAAAGCUGAAAACAAGCAAAAUGUGCAGCCAGUAACAUGCUGUGAUCCUAAAGACAAGGCUGAGAUGACUUGGGAAGAGAAACAGUAACAGACAUCCUGAAAGGGAAGCAAACUAAGAACUUUCUUUAACCCUGUGCGUUACUGCUAUCUGGUACUACACUAGUUUAAAACAAGUUCUGGGUUUGCUUGUCUUACUUUCAGGAUGUCUGUCCGUAUGCAUGCAACGUAUCAUCUGCUUUAUCACGGCUGUAAUUGUGUUUAACAUGACAAUAUUAAUCAGGUGAUUCAUGAAUGGUAUUUACUGUAAAAACAUAAUUACCACGUAUCUCAGACAACACAGAGAAAAAAAUAUGUCUUGUUCAGUCUAAUUUCCUUUUUAGUUAAUGUUUUGUAAGCAUGUUUCUUUAAGCCAAUUGCACAAAUAAUUAUUACACUUGAUUACACUUUAUUACAUACAACAUAACUUUUUAUAUUUUCCUACAUUUAUUAAUAUCUAUUUUUCCUGUGCUAGAGCAUUUAUUAGGUGUACUAAGUGUACAGCGUGGAUUUUGAUCAUUGUAGCUGGAAGCCUUUCUUUGUAUGAUUGCUGGCUGCUGUUACCACUGCAGAAAAAGAGGAGGAAAUGUAUUAAUGGUUGUAACCACACUGCUGUUGGCUGUUUGUACCCAGUGUAUAUGAUAAUUUGUACCCAGUGUAUAUGAUAAUUUGUACCCAGUGUAUAUGAUAAUUUGUACCCAGUGUAUUUGAUAAUUUGUACCCAGUGUAUAUGAUACCAUACACAAAUAUGCAGGUAAUGUUUUAGAACUUUUUACCAUUGUUUUUGUUUGUAUUCACUUUAACUACCUGUAUGUAUUAUUGUUUUAUAACUAUGGAUACUUGAAUUGUGUAUGGUAUGGGAUGUAAAGGGCUUUUUGCUGUUUUACAUUACUGGAGGUACUUAUUUUUGUUCUUAUAAUCACUGGAAAAAACUGGAUAGGGAAUGUUUAAAAUGAAAACACAAACCCAUAAAAUUGAUGUAGCUGAUGUUUUUUUUUUUUUUUGCUACCAUGACUUUAACAGCUGUAUUAAAGUCAUGGUAGCCUGUUGCCCUCAUUUCAUUCCAAACAAUUGAGCUGCAUUGCCAAUUACUAGUGAGUUUAGACUUAAAAUACAAUGUUGCUGUAACAUGCGCUUUUUUCAAAACUGCAAAAAGAAAAAUCCAUCUCUGCAUGUGUGCAUGAUCUAUAGAGCCCCAAACUCACCGACCAGCUGUCAUUGCACUGCAGUGAAUCUGUCUCCUAAAAUGCAGCAAAGCCACUUACUUUCAAUUGAAAAUGUCUGUGUUUAUACAUUUUGAUUUUAACUCCAUACUGUGGAUAGUCUGAUGCUUUGACAGCAGUUUAAGUGCUCCAUUUGUUUAAAUAAAAUGUUAUUGCUAUUGUUAAAAUAAAUGGUAAAUAUCAA